UUAUUUUUAAUAUAACACAUUAAUAACAGUGUAUAGAAGAUGGGAAUAAUGACGUAAUGCGACUACCCAUGAUGCUUAGCGUGGCCGAGCAGUAAGAUGGCGGACGCUAUGGCAGAAUAUGAGAGAGAUGCUGGAUGUGUUCCUGUGCUUCACCCUGAGGAGCUGAAGCCUCAGAGUCACUAUAAUCACGGAUACAGUGAAAACAUCAACCGCAAGAAUCAUGUGGAUGAUUAUAGCACCUGGGACAUCGUUAAAGCCACACAGUACGGGAUAUUCGAGCGAUGUCGUGAGCUGGUAGAAGCAGGGUACGAUGUUCGUCAGCCAGAUAAAGAAAACGUUACACUCUUGCACUGGGCUGCUAUUAACAACCGCAUUGACUUGGUGAAAUUUUACAUAUCGAAGGGCGCAAUUGUGGACCAGUUGGGAGGAGAUCUGAACUCCACCCCACUGCACUGGGCUACCAGGCAGGGCCAUCUGUCUAUGGUGGUUCAGCUGAUGAAACAGGGCGCAGAUCCGUCUUUGAUUGAUGGCGAGGGCUGUACCUGUGUCCACCUAGCAGCUCAGUUUGGCCACACCUCCAUUGUUGCUUAUCUCAUUGCCAAAGGACAGGAUGUUGAUAUGAUGGAUCAGAAUGGAAUGACUCCUCUGAUGUGGGCAGCGUAUCGUACACACAGUGUGGACCCAACACGUUUGUUGUUGACGUUUAAUGUUUCGGUGAAUCUGGGUGAUAAGUACCAUAAGAACACUGCACUGCACUGGGCAGUUCUCGCAGGAAACACAACUGUAAUCAGCCUGCUGCUGGAAGCUAACGCUAAUGUUGACUCACAGAACAUAAAGGGAGAGACAGCACUGGACUUGGCCAAACAGAGGAAAAACGUGUGGAUGAUAAACCAUUUACAGGAGGCGCGACAGGCGAAAGGCUACGAUGCACCAUCAUACCUCAAACGGCUAAAAAUGGAUAAGGACUUCCGGCAAAAGCUGAUGUUGUUCACACCUUUUGUUGUGAUCUGGUUGGUGGGAUUUAUUGCUGAUCUUGAUGUUGACUCGUGGCUCAUUAAAGGUCUGAUGUACGCAGCAGUUUGGAUCACAGUACAGUUUCUCUCGAAAGCGUUCUUUGAUCACUCCAUGCACAGUACUCUUCCUCUGGGUAUUUAUUUGGCCACAAAGUUCUGGAUGUACAUUACCUGGUUCUACUGGUUCUGGAAUGAUCUUCCCUUCAUCUCCACCCACCUGCCCUUUCUGCUCACCACCCUCGCUCUCUUCUACAACUUUGGCAAAUCUUGGAAAUCUGAUCCAGGCAUUAUUAAAGCCACGGAGGAGCAGAAGAAGAAGACCAUAGUGGAGCUGGCUGAAUCAGGCAGUUUGGACCUCAGCAUAUUCUGCAGCACGUGUUUAAUACGGAAACCCAUCAGGUCUAAACACUGUGCAGUGUGUAACCGCUGCAUCGCCAAGUUUGAUCACCAUUGUCCUUGGGUGGGAAACUGCGUUGGAAGUGGAAAUCACCGCUACUUCAUGGGCUAUCUUUUCUUCCUGCUGUGUAUGAUCUGCUGGAUGAUAUACGGCUGCAUCUGCUACUGGAGGCUGCACUGCUCCAGCAGUUACAGCACAGAUGGAUUGUGGGUAUUUAUCACUCAGAUUUCUUCCUGCUCUCCUUGGAUGUUCUGGAUGUUCUUAAACAGUGUGUUCCACUUUAUGUGGGUCUCGGUGCUCAUCAUGUGUCAGCUUUACCAGAUUGCUGGAAUUGGGAUCACCACUAAUGAGCGGAUGAAUGCGAGACGCUACAAACACUUUAAAGUCACAGCGACAUCCAUCGAGAGCCCUUUUAAUCAUGGCUGUGUGAGGAACCUGAUUGAUUUCUUCGAGCUGCGCUGCUGUGGGCUUCUGAGGCCGACGCUUGUCGACUGGACCACUCAGUACACAAUCGACUACGAUCAGACGUCCGGCUCGGGCUACCAGCUUGUGUAACACACACACAUGAACACAGUGUGUUAGUGAAUGAGUAUGUGAGGGCGUCAGUGUGUGCAAAGGGAACAACACCUCACUUCUGCUGGGACUGCUUCAAGAGACGACAGGACACACACCAAUGGAACAGUUUUACUGCUUAAUUAGGCCAUUUCUGUCUCGGGUCAUUUCAUCAGUGACGUUUUAGUACUUUAUGUUUGGGUGAAUGUGUGUGAAUGUGUGUGUGAGAAUGUGUGUGUGAGAAUGUGUGUGAUGUUCUUUUUGAUGUCUUUUUCUCAGUCCCAUCUCCAUUAUUUCAUUUGAGUGCAUACAUUAAACAGCCCAGUGAUUGGCUGUAACAUAGGAAAGGGCUGAGUAGCUCUGCAGCUCACUGAAACCCACAUGGUACAGAGCUGAUCACUUACUCCACAAGCCACCCAGAGGAGGUCUGAGUGACUGAUGUUAUUGUCAAUAUGAUGGACAUAAGUGUGUUAUUAUUGAGCGCCACAGUGAGGUGGUUUUCUUCAUAAUGUGACCAUAUUUAUUUUAACCCUAUUUAAUAACUGCUGUCUCGUCUGUUUUAUUGUCUGUUUCAAAGGGUGUAUGUAUGAGUGUGUAUGUAUGAGUGUGUAUGUAUGAGUGUGUAUGUAUGAGUGAGUGUGUAUGUGUAUGAGUGAGUGUGUGUGAGUGUAUGAGUGACAAUCACUCAUACACUCACUCAUACAUGCAUACACUGUAUGAGUGUGUGUGUGUGUGUGUGUGUGUGUAUGAGUGAGUGAGUGUGUGUAUGAGUGAGUGUGUGUGUGUAUGAGUGAGUGUGUGUGUGUGUGUGUAUGAGUGUAUGAGUGACACUCACUCAUACACUCACUCAUACAUACAUACAUACACUGUAUGAGUGAGUGUGUGUGUGUGUGUGUGUAUGAGUGAGUGUGUGUGUGUGAGUGUGUGUAUGAGUGAGUGAGUGUGUGUGAGAGUGUAUGAGUGACACUCACUCAUACAUACAUGCACUGUAUGAGUGAGUGUAUGUAUGUGUGUGUGUGUGUGUAUGAGUGAGUGUGUGUGUGUGAGUGUGUGUGUAUGAGUGAGUGAGUGUGUGUGUGUAUGCGUGAGUGUGUGUGUGUGAGAGUGUAUGAGUGACACUCACUCAUACAUACAUGCACUGUAUGAGUGAGUGUAUGUAUAUGUGUGUGUAUGUGUGUAUGAGUGAGUGUGUGUGUGUGAGUGUGUGUGUAUGAGUGAGUGAGUGACGUUUUCAUGUUCACUGUUUAAAAUCUGUUUUAAAUUCAGUUAUCAUGAGGAACUGUGAUGAGGCUCCGCCCACUCUUUCCUGCACUGAUGCAUUUUGCUCAUUGUUAACUGGUGAUCUUCAGAUAGAGCUGUUGCCUUGGUAACAUUCCUCUAUUUCCUGUUUGAUCUUGGACUCUAAUGUAAAAUGUGUAAAUACGGCCGAA